AUGUCAGAGAAACUUCUUUCACACCAUCUUGAUCCCGAAUAUAUGAUCCCGUUGCAAGAUUUCAGCGUAAACGAGGGCCCCGCGUCCGCAGAUACCAGGGAGCAUCACAGGAGUCCAGAAAAUUCCGACCUCUUGGGAGACCGUAUAGCGUCGCUUGAAGCCCUGGACAGUGACGAUGACGAUGACACGCUGGAAAAGUGUGCCGAACGACGAAAGGUGGUCCUUGCCCGGAGUCGCCCCAAGGCACUUUGGCACUUCCUCUUAUUCCAUGCCGUUCCGCUGGGGGUGGCUCUGUUUCUCAUCGUCUUUAAUAUCAAGACGUACUUUUAUGGCACUGAUGGGUCAACGGUUAACCUGCUCCAAUUUGCGGCUAAGGCCCAUGAGGUCCUCAUGCAGGCCUCGAUCUUGACGGUCAUGAUUGCCUACAUCCAGUACCUCCUGACAAACAAAUUCGCCAUUCCCUUCGGUGCAAUUUUCUCCGUGUAUCACAUCGGUAACAUUGCGUACCUGAUGUCCCCCGAGUUCUUCGCCUCCCUGACAACUCCUUGGCUGUCCGUGGCAAUGAAGAUUGUCUUUCUGUUAUUUAUUCCGUUUAGCAUCGCACUGGCGAGUGCUGUUGGCCCGUCAAGCGCCAUUGCUAUGCUGCCUAGGUUUGGGAACUACACCUUGCCGGAUUACACGGACCUGGCAUUGAACCUUACCUCCGCGGAGCUGUAUCCCGAUGUUAUUGAUAAGACCUUAUCAGUUGGAUUCGCUGCUGCUGGCUGGGGUGAUAUUUACAAUCUUCCAGUUAUAGGACUAACGGACAACAUAAAAACGGGUCUGCAACGCGAUCAUCAGAACGGCCCAACCAACAUUAUGCCCCCACUGCAUUCUGUUUUGCGUCCAGCUAUGGAUCGGACUAUGUAUGUCCAGUACGCGCCUAAUGGCACUCUAGCUACUGUACAACACAUCCCAGUAUCACUCGCUCUCGCAGAAGCAGCAAAAAAAGCGCUGGACAACUGGGAUCAUGGUACGAAGAUAGAGACCAGUGUCAGAAUGCCACAGCCUUAUGUAAGUGUUUUGUGCGAACUUAAUGCCAUAAAAGGUGAAAACGACACGAGACCCAUCCAAUUCCCUGACACCUACAUUGCGCCCCUCGUGGGCAAGCAUGCGCCAGGGUCCAUGCCUCGCCUUAACCCAACCGACGUGAUUAAUUAUACGGAUAUCACAAGAAAAGAACUUUGGGAGGCAGCAAAAAAAGAUAUCCAUGGCCAGAUGAUCUGGGUUGAUGAUAUCAAGGUGACAAGGCCGGUCUCGACUCGGCCUCUAGGAGUAAUUGUUGUGCAUUCGGAGUUCUGCGAGAUAGAUGAGCCAUUUCUCACCACGUCUGCAUGCUUGAUCGGAUCAACAUGGGCAAACACAACAUCUUCCUUAGAAUUCGGUUACGAACGAGAUAUUUUGCUAUCACGUCAAAUCAAGAGCUCCCUCUCGACGGCGUCGCUCGCUACCCUACCCUCGUGGUCUAGAUCCCCUAUCUCCCUCUCCAAGUCAUGGGCUGAAAGCCUCAAUCCCACUACCAAAGUUCAGAACCAAACAGUAGCCGAUAACCUUCUUCAAGCGAUGCCUAUAACCCCCAAUAUAUGUCCAACUGGCGGUAACUAUUCCCUCGAAUAUGAACACGAGACGGGAGGGGCCAUUCUUACUUCCUACGGUCGACCGUUUAUGCAUGAAGCCCUCGUUGCGUCAAUGAUUGUGAGUGGGUUAUCAGGCGCCGCUGGGCCGGCGCAGCUCGGAAACCUAACGUUCAAUAGUGAGAGCAAGAAGUGGACUUGGAAAUAUGAGGAUCUGGGUAUACCCUGGGAGACAGUAAGCAUGGAGCUGUCGGAGCCUCCCGGGGUUCAGUUUAUCUUUGGAAGCCAGGCUCCGGGCUACGUAUGGAACACGACAGGCACCUCUACCAAACUCUCCAUCUGCGUGCUGUCGAUUUACUGCUUAUAUACCGUUGCGUAUGUACUCUACACAUUCUUCUCAGGCCGCAGCUCGCGAGCAUGGGCAACGACGUCGGAACUCACGGCUCUUGCGAUGAAUUCCACGCCAACCAGCGUACUGGACAACACGAGCGCCGGUAUCGCCAAUACAGACACAUUUAAACACCAUAUUAGUGUUCAAGAGGUGGAGGCAAAUCGUCGCCUAGAGCUGAUUUUCAACCAGGACAAGGCCGACAGGGGGCCACUAAGAAGAGUUGGUGUGGGCAAAUAUUAUUGAUUGGCAGGCCUGAUCUGUUCGAUUUGCAAAAACUAUUCUAUGGCUACAUUGCGUUGGGGCGGCAUUUUUAUUUUGUUUCUUUGAUGAAGCU